CGAUGAAGAAAGGUCAAUCGAUUUCAGAUCAGAAGGAGUGAAAAGAUUAGACCUACUACACUAAUACAGUAUAAGACACCUCUUAUAUACGUAUGGUACGGUAUAUUGCGAAAUAGAAAACAUAUUGUGAUGUCAUGAUCUUAUCAAGUCACACUUUGUAUGCGGCAACUUCCUAUUUAAUAUUGCACGUUGGCAUAUUGACACUAUAAUAAAGCGGUUAGGAAGUUUGACGUGACACUCAACCCUUCUUGCCUUCACCAUGACGGAAACAACUAGAUUACUGAAUGGCAACGAAGUAAAUGCAGGGUCAUACGGCGGCCAGUCGAACUCCUCCCAGGCGUUGGAAGACCAGGGAGAACUCGAGAAAUCAUUAACGAGCACCCACUCCGUUGUAUCCUUCCAUGACAUCACUUACAAUGUCCCAGAUAAGGUUGCCGGUAAAAAUGCGAGUAAAACUAUUUUGAAAAACAUCAGUGGUAUUUUUACUCCGGGAAUGAAUGCAAUCAUGGGACCAACAGGUGGUGGAAAAACAUCAUUGCUAGACGUGUUAGCCGCAAGGAAGCACCCCAAAGGUCUGUCAGGUGUAGUAUUAAUCGACGGUCUACCUCAACCAGCGGAAUUCCGGUUAAUCGCUGGCUAUGUCGUCCAGGAUGAUGUGGUGAUGGGAACGAUGUCUGUUCGAGAAAACUUAAUGUUCUCCGCUUCACUCAGACUUGGAAAAGAGGUAUCGACACAAGAAAAACGACAACGCGUUAACAAUAUCAUAAAGGAGUUAGGUUUAUCAAAAUGCGCCGAUUCAAAGGUUGGAACUGCGUUUAUACGUGGUAUUUCAGGUGGCGAGAGGAAAAGGACAAACGUCGGUAUGGAGCUGGUAACCAAGCCCGGAAUUUUAUUCCUUGAUGAACCAACCACUGGCCUUGACGCAAGCACGGCCAAAUCAGUAAUGUCUACACUGUCUGAUUUCACAGGUUUUCAAUGCGAGGCGUUCAACAACCCGGCCGAUUUCUUCCUUGACAUUAUUAUUGACCAUGAAACAGAAUCACUUAAAAAUAGGAACAGUUCUGAAAACGGGACAACUAAAGAACACAUGUCUCUGGUGGAUAAUUUUAAGAAGUCAACACACUACACAUCUCUGCAAGACGAAGCAACGAAACUACUUUCUAACUACAAACAAACUCAGAACGUUGUUGUGCAUAAAAUCGAUUAUCCAACUUCUUUUCUGAAACAGUUUGCUGUUUUAGCAAGGAGAGCAUUCACUAACUUGAUUCGAAACCCUCAAACAUCUACGUUACAGAUAUUAAUACUCGUUGUUCUUGGUCUCGUCGUGGGUGGAUUAUUUUGGCAGCUCGAUACUUCGCUCUCGUCAGGAAUACAGAACAGAAUCGGUGUAUUUUUCUUUAUGAUAAUGAACAUCACAUUUGGAAACAUUAGUGCCUUAGAGGUGUUCAUUUAUGAAAGAGUUAUAUUUAUGCACGAGUCAGCUGGUGGUUUCUAUCGCACGUCCGCUUAUUUUUUUGCAAAGGUCCUAUGUGAUUUGGUUCCAAUGCGCAUGUUCCCCACAUCAGUGUACUGCUGUAUUACGUACUGGAUGAUAGGUAAGAUGCAGCUAAUGGCUUAAUGUGAAAGAAGUGUAGUGGAACUGGCUAAGGAUUGCUUCAAAUUCCUAGCUUCAGAGUCACUUGUAUAAUAGCAGUCAACCAGUACAGUACCAUGCAGUAUCUACCAGUACAGUAUCUACCAGUAC